AGGCGCGGUAAUUUCCGUUCAACUUCCGUGUUGUUGCAAUGGGUUGGUUUGGAAUGUCAACAAACACGAGCAGAUGAAGAGACAUGAGGAUAUUGGCAUUUCUCAUGGCUGUAUUUGUCACCACAAAUAUAAGCACAGGGGAACAAGAUAUAAGAUUAAAGUAUUUUGAAACUCUGAAGAUAUCCGACAUUAAAUUACGAACCCGAAGAAGUAUUGACCCAAACCCUAGGUCUCAUCUGCAUCAGGUUUCAUUUCACGCUCUUGGAAGAGAUUUUCAUCUAGAUCUUCGCCUAUCAACAAUUCUAUCCCCAGGAUUUAAGGCUACCAUUGUUGACAAAGAAGGGAAGAUACGCAAAGAACCAAUCGACUAUUCACAAUUCUUCAGUGGAAAACUUGCAG